AUGUCUCAAGGAAGAAAAGCUGCUGAGAGGUUACAAGGGAAGAUUGCCUUUAUUACGGGUGCCUCUGCGGGCAUCGGUAAAGCUACAGCCAUUGAGUAUUUGGAUGCUUCCAAUGGUAGUGUGAAGCUAGUUCUUGGUGCACGUAGAAUGGAGAAAUUGGAGGAGUUGAAGAAGGAAUUGCUGGCUCAAUAUCCUGAUGCAAAGAUUCAUAUAGGUAAACUGGAUGUUACAGACUUUGAAAACGUCAAGCAGUUUUUGGCUGACUUGCCAGAAGAGUUCAAGGACAUCGACAUCCUGAUCAAUAACGCUGGUAAAGCGUUGGGGUCUGACAAAGUUGGAGACAUUGACCCUGAGGAUAUCGCAGGAAUGGUUAACACCAACGUCCUUGCAUUGAUCAAUUUAACACAAUUGUUGUUGCCAUUAUUCAAGAAGAAGAACAGUGGUGAUAUCGUCAACUUGGGAUCGAUUGCUGGUAGAGACGCAUACCCAACGGGUGCUAUAUACUGUGCAACAAAACAUGCUGUCAGGGCAUUCACACAAUCCUUAAGGAAGGAAUUGAUCAACACCGACAUUAGAGUAAUUGAAAUUGCUCCUGGUAUGGUCGAAACCGAGUUUUCUGUGGUCAGGUACAAAGGUGACAAGUCCAAAGCAGACGACGUCUACAGAGGUACAACACCACUAUAUGCCGAUGAUAUCGCGGAUUUGAUUGUGUACUCUACCAGCAGAAAGCCAAACAUGGUGGUAGCAGAUGUCCUGGUCUUCCCAACACACCAGGCAUCGGCUUCGCACAUCUACAGGGGCGACUAA